UGACAACAAGUUUCACUCUUGCAAUGUCAGUCAGGGUUGUGUGGAUCACACAGUUUUGAAAUUCCAUCAAACUGUACUCUCCUGGGGUUUUUUUUCUGGAAUACAUUGCCACUGUGGCUGGGAUGCAGUAAGACUGGGUCACUGAACUGAAGGCGGUGGGGCCUGAACGCUGUCACUCAGUUCCUCAGCUGGGGGAUCAAGCUCUUCCUUUGAAAAAUUGCUGUGGUACUGCUGCUGGUGAUUCAUUCUGCACAAUAAUUAAUCUUUGAGUGAGUCUGUUGCAUGGUUUAAAGGAAUGUGGAGAUGAACAUAGGCAGUAUGCUUACCUUUCUUAUUUCAUGCCCAAACAUAUCUGGAGACAUCUGAUAUUGGCAUCAGUGAGGAGCUUACAUAGGACUGGGAAUACAACUCGGGUGUGGGUUUGUUUCAGUGAAGUUCCUGUCUCCAUCUGAUGUUCUGUGCCUCUCCAAGAUUCUCAGCUGCUGCAGGAUAUUCUGGGGAGACUUUUUUAAAAAAAAGUUGGUUGUGAUAGCCACAUUGUUCCUUUGAGGACCAUGAGUCUCUUUGAAUUGGUUGCAAAUCACACUGUAGCCUCCCAGGGCAGAAUUUCUUCCUUUAUAUGGCUUUGAGUUUCAUGCUGCUUUUGUCCUAGAUAGUCUCUUUCUUUCCCCAGCAAUUCAGUGGCUGCGUGCACCAAAGGGGAGGAGGGAGCUCUGAAUUGCUUAUACAGUCUGAGGCUGUAUUUACAAAGGUCACGUGAAUUAAUGUGCCCGGUGGGUUUUAACACCUGCAUCCACAGUGUAAUGGGAGAUGGCAGGAGCUCAGCAGGUUUGACAGUAUGACUUACUUUUAUACUUAAUGACUGGUUUAGAGUACUGGGAGGGGGGUGGUUUGUGGAAGCAUUACUUUCAUCCUUGCCUUUGGCAUUCUAAGAAAAAUUGCAUGGUCUGGUCCAGAUAUCCAGGAGGGAAGAAGGGAUGUUAGACGGUGGGUCCUCUGCCUCUUGAUGGUCAGCACUGCAGUGUGUGAGGCAUGCCCCUAAUUACCUGAUACUUUGGUAUUUGAGCUGCUGCAGAGCUUUCUGUCACCUCUUGUCUUUCAGAGAGUGACAGGCUUCCAGUCGUGAGCUCAAUCACUCAAGUUAAACUGGUACAGGCCUUUCACGUAGUUGCUUUUUAAACCAGUUAAUCUCUUUAGCUUGCAUUGGUAAAUCACUGAGUUAAGAUCAACUGAUCAAAUGCAUGUUCAGUCAGAUUAAGGGUGUUUACAUUAGCAGUUUGCAUCAGUUUCACUGAGUCUGUGUAGUCAAAUCAGUAGGGCCUUUUUCUGUGCAGGUGGGGAUUUUUGGAAGAAGUGAUUGGAUUUGCUCUGCAGUUUCAGGUUCUCUAGUGGAGUUCAGGCUGUAUAAUGAAAAUGCUUUUCAGUUUCUACGUUCCAGAAAAGCUAUCCUCAGUAGGUUGGUGGUGAAUCUAUUUCUGAGGGUGGCAUCAUGGUCAUUCGCUAUAGGUAUGAUGCUGGCUUUCAAUUGUUACCUGUAAGUGAAGGGAGGAUUUAUCAUCUUUGAUACAUCAUCGAUCUUUCUCACAGUCUUUGGCUAAUGAUAGUAAUAGGGAACUUCAGUGUUUAUAGUCUCUGCUAAAUAAUUAUCUUGUACAGUUUUCUAUAUGCUCUGCAAUACAUGCUACAAAAUCCAGGGCAGCUGGCAGCAAUGAGCUAUUUGUUUGUUACUAGAAGCUUUAACAAAGGCCACUGGUUAUAAAGUCUGAAAUUUCCCUCUUACACACUUGGAGAGGUCAGGGCUGAAGUGCCCUGGUGGUGUUAGCAAUAGUGAAGACUUCUUCUGCUUUGAUAGAUCUUUCAGCAAUAAAAGGAUAGUUUUGCACCUGGAUGUGCUAAUCUUGUACCUUUUACCACAGUUUGCUCAAAUACUGUGUUUCAAGAGUAUAAACAUUGAUAAAACAAAGCUAAUUAAGGAAAUGAAAUCUUGAAGCUUGCUUGUGGUGCAGCCCUUAAUAGAUUUUGGAAAUUAAUAUCUCAAUUGUUGAACUCUUGCCUCUUUUGCAUCUGUUUGUUUUUUCCACAGGUACUUCCUUUCUGACUUUGAGUAGCAGAGAAAAACUAAAGACCUUGAAGAAAAACACCUACAGCCCCUUGCUUGGCAGAAACAAUGCUGCAGCGAUGAGAUUACUGUGAACCCUUCCUGUGUGGCCUCCAUGGGUCCCACUCAACUCAGCACACAGGAUCAUGGGAAGAGGGUGGCAAGUGUAUUUGAGAUGGAGGAGGAAGGGCUUUCGCUCUUCCCUGGCUCAGAGAACCCCCCUGAGCAUGCAGUAGAAAAUCCCCCCUUGAAGCGGAAGAAGGGCCCAGCCCCUAAGAUGCUGGGAAACGAAGUGUGCAGCGUGUGUGGGGACAAGGCCUCUGGCUUCCACUACAACGUGCUGAGCUGUGAAGGCUGCAAGGGCUUCUUCCGCCGCAGCGUCAUCAAGGGAGCACAGUACCUCUGCAAGAACGGUGGCAAGUGCGAGAUGGACAUGUACAUGCGUCGCAAGUGCCAGGAGUGCCGGCUGCGCAAGUGCCAGGAAGCGGGCAUGAGGGAGCAGUAUGUUCUGUCUGAAGAACAGAUCCGACUGAAGAAACUGAAGAAGCAGGAAGACGAUCAGGCUCGGACAGUUGUGGUGCGUCCAAACCCUCCGAAUCCGCCAAGCCCUUCCCACAAACUAACGCCGGAACAGCUGAACAUGAUAAAAAAGCUUGUGGCCGCUCAGCAGCAGUGCAACCAGCGCUCAUUCACAGACAGGCUCAAAGUGACGCCGUGGCCCCAGAUUCCUGACCCUAAUAACCGUGAAGCGAGGCAGCAGCGUUUUGCUCACUUUACAGAACUUGCAAUUAUCUCUGUGCAAGAGAUUGUGGACUUUGCCAAGCAACUACCUGGAUUCCUGGAGCUCACCAGGGAAGAUCAGAUUGCUUUAUUGAAGACAUCUACAAUAGAGGUGAUGUUGCUGGAGACAUCUCGGCGCUAUAAUCCAGAGAUUGAGAGCAUCACCUUUCUUAAGGACCUGAGCUAUAAUCGGGAUGACUUCGCCAAAGCAGGUCUGCAGUUUGAGUUCAUUAACCCCAUCUUUGAGUUCUCAAAGGGAAUGAAUGAGCUACAGCUUAAUGAUGCUGAAUAUGCACUUUUAAUCGCCAUCAACAUUUUCUCUGCAGACCGACCGAAUGUGCAGGACCAGUCCUUGGUGGAGAGGCUGCAGCACACCUAUGUGGAAGCCCUUCAUUCUUACAUUUGUAUCAACAGACCAAAUGACCGCCUGAUGUUUCCACGGAUGUUAAUGAAGCUGGUCAGUCCGACACUAAGCAGUGUCCACUCUGAACAGGUGUUUGCCCUUCGGCUGCAGGACAAGAAACUCCCUCCUCUGCUCUCAGAAAUCUGGGAUGUGCAUGAGUGACCGCAUGCUCCCAGAAUGCUGACGUGCUGACAUAAUGCCAUCUCCCAGCCUUUGCUAAUGAGAAGCCAGCCUCUCCUCUCCAAAGCACUGAACCCUGGGCUAGGCAUGCAGGGAGUGAUGAGCCCGGGAUUUCAAUGUUGUCAUGAGAUAUGCAGGAGGCAGCUGGUGGUAGAUCAGAUGGAGGGGUUGGUUUUGAUGUAGUGCCCAUACCCCAAAGGAAUACGUGAAACUUCGAAAACGGUAGAAAUGAAGACCUUUCCCCCUGCCCCCCAAGUCCUCUUUCUUCAGAGUCUUUCUCUUCUCUAAGCAUAUGCUGAAGGUUUGCCCUUUGAUCCUCUUCUCACUGAUUAUGAAAAUGAAUUUGCAGGAACUUGCCAAAAGCUCUCUAUUGAGAGUAACCCAGCUCGAAAGGCUUCUGCAGGGUCCCCAGUGUACCUGGAUCUGAGGAGCUCAGGGAAGUCAGUGUGGAUGUUCUAUGGGUUUCACUGGGUUUCCUAUAAAUAAAAUCUCUUGAAUGUGCUGCCCUCUACAAUGAUUCCAAGAGAAGUAGCUUUUAUUUCUUUAUUAUGAGACUUCAUCUCUAGAGCUGCCCUUUAUUCUGGCCCUCCUUUGGAAAAAGGAUUCCUCUAAUGUGUAGUGCCCUUUGUCUAACAGGGAGAUUCUCUGGGUAGGGAACGUUUGUGCAACAAAAAGAUGUCAGGCAUAAAGUAGUGGACUGUUUUUUAAUAUAAUGCAUCACAGUUUUAUCUCGUGGUUCUCAGACACUUCAAUUUACCUUUGAUUUGCUAACAGCUGGAAAACUUUAGUUCAAAACAGAUCAGGGCAUAGAUUUUAUCUUUAGGAGUGGAAUAGAAAAAAGAUAGGUGGGAAGGACUGGUACCUAGGUGAGGUAGGUGUGGUGGAAGGAUCUCAAAAACUUCCAAGAAUCUGAAGCAUGUGGUAUGUAUUCCAAGGUGGGUGUGAAGAUGUAUUGGCCAAGGAGAGAGGACACACUGCAUUUAGUGAAAUAUGUGGGCAUUGCAUAAGCUAUGGGCUGCACAACUCUCAGAUCAUGGGCUGCAGGAAUAUUGCGUGUAAUCAGAUCCACUUGCGUUGUCUUCCUUUUGCCAAAGUCUUUCCAACUGUUUUAGGGAUGAUAAUGGGAUAUGGAGGUCCCUCCUGUGUGAGGAGUGCCAACUGCUUUAGAAGGACACUUGGGUCUUGUAUCCUUUCUUCACUUCGGGCAUUGUGAGAUCCACACUGGAUUAUGCCCCAGGUUUUUAAGUAUCCACAUUCAUAAGUAUUCUAGAAUUUACAGCAAUAUUUUGUCUGACAGAAGAGAAAUAUACUGUUGUAAAACAUGUUCCUUACUUUCCAAGAAACAUCAUCUUAUGGCUGAUCUCGGAGAUGUAACCUUAAGUAUCCUGGUAGCUUGGUCUCAUGAGUCUUCUCUGUCAUAGGGGUCUAUGUUUGCUUGCCCAGUGAGCAUCCCAAGAGCAUAGGUUCACAUGGCUCGGGGUUUUUUGUUUGUCUGUUUUUUGGUUUGUUUGUUUGUUGUUUUUUUUUGGCUGUGUAUCUGAGCGCUAUGCCCGUGGUGAGGGUAUCGUGUCCAUUUUGCACUUGAGGUUGGUCCCCUGCCACUGGCCUUCACUCUGCACCUUUGUAAAGCACUUGUAACAAUCUGUAAAAUAAUCUGUUGUUUUUUAUAACUCAUUGCAAUUGCAAAAAUUCUUGUUUAAAUCUGUAUUUUUAACUAAUCUGUUUGAGAAAUGUUAAUGUUUAUAUAAAAGAAUAAAGCCUAAUACAGGA